CGCAAUUGAUAAUAUCAGCUAGUCAUCCAAGAGGGUGACCCAUUGAAAAUUUCGGAAGCGUUGUGCGACGAACUUAGGGAAUGGCAGCCGAAUUUCUGGCAUCACAUGGUGUCAAUCUACAGCAGGAGCUGACCAGGGUUCAGUUUGGUAGAGAUGAUGUACCUGGGCCCGUAUCCAAAACCUCGAAGCCACCUCUUCGUCAUAUAAGAUGUGCUCGUCUGCCCAAUGGCGGUGCGAACGAAUUCUUUGAUAUCUCCCUAUCAGAUGACAAGAUUGAGGCAAUCGUCCCUCACAAUUUCUCUGCACCGCGUUUACAACACCCGCAGAUUUUAGACGCUCAAGGACAACUUCUUGCUCCGUCCCUUUGUCAUCCCCACAUACAUCUCGACAAAUGCUUUCUUCUGGGAGACUCCAAAUAUUCGGAUUUGGAGAUAUUGAGAGGCGACUUUCCUGAGGCGAUGCAGCUUACCACUCAGGCAAAGGCUCGGUUUGAGACUGAUGAUCUGAUACGAAGAGGAAGACGAUUGAUCAGAGAAAGCCUCAGUGCGGGGGUAACUGUCAUGAGAGCAUUUGUUGAGGUAGAUGCCGGGGUUGGCACGAAGUGCGUCGAUGCUGGCCUGAUGCUGAAGAAGGAAUUCCAGGGAAGAUGCGAUGUGCAGAUAUCCGUUUUUGCACAAUUACCAAUUUUCAGCUCUCCGGACGGAGGAUUGGAAAUGCGGCGGCUUAUACAAGAGGCAGCUCGCAGACCCGAUGUAGAAAGUUUUGGCACCGCUCCGUAUGUCGAGACUGAUACAGGCAAGAUGAAACAGAAUAUUGAGUGGGCAGUGGAACUGUGUCUACGAGAGGGUUUACAUCUAGACUUUCAUCUUGACUACAACCUCGAUGCUGCACAGGAGCCAAUGGUAUGGCAUGUGUUAGAUACCCUGCAAAAGCAAGACUGGAGGGGCAGAGCGCACACGGGAAAAACAAUAGUGCUCAGUCAUUGUACUCGGCUUACGCUUUUCAAUCGCGACGAAUGGACUCGCCUAAGGGAAAGCAUUAGAGAUCUACCCAUAUCUUUUGUAGGAUUACCGACUUCAGAUCUGUUUAUGAUGGGAAGACCGGAAGAAGAGGAUGAUGGCUGUGGCCCGAGAGUCCGAGGCACAUUGCCUGUACCAAACAUGAUCAAAAGUCACGGCUUCCAGGGAGCUAUUGGUGUCAAUAACGUAGGGAAUGCAUUUACGCCCCAGGGGAAUUGCGAUCCCUUGAGUAUUGCAAGCUUGGGCGUAGGAGUAUAUCAGACGGGCACAAAGAAUGAUACCCAGUUAUUAUAUGAGUGUGUAUCUUCGAGAGCAAAAGCCGCCAUUGGAUGCGGAGAAUCAAGUCAAGGCCUUGGAGAAGGUUCUGUAGCAGACCUGAUUCUGUUUGGGCGAAAGGAUGGGCCACCAGAAGAGUAUAAGCAACGAAAAAUAGUUCAAGAGCUUGUUUAUAGCCCUCCUCUCGAUCGAUUGGUUGUAAAAGGCGGUGUCAUCCUGGAUAUAUAAAGUGCUUCACGAACGGAGAUUCUAGAACUAAUACAAAUGUAAAUAUCCCAUAUCUGAGUGCAGUAUCGCUUAAACAAAAGUGUCUGCCCACAGAGUUUGAAAUGUCAUGUUUUAGAUCAACAAACCUCCGUGGGUUGAUGACUGCCCAGAAGUUCAUUUCGUUGGCAGAAACACAACCC